AAAGGUUAAAAACAUAAACAAAUAACAGGACAAAAUCUGUCAGCCUCUUUUGCAAAAUGCAAAUAGAAAAUCCCCUAAAUCGGUGUAAUUUUAUAAGGAAUCUUUGCACAAGGAUUGCAGAUAUACACAAUGAAGUUAUUGAACAUGAAAAUUCAUUUCCCAAAUGUGAAAUAUGUUCAGAGUGCUCAAAUAAUUUUUUCUUCAUUAAAAACCAACUUUUUCUUAUUAUGAAAAUACACUUGGACCUUAAGAAUGAAGUUCAUCCUACAGGUCCUACAGAUAUUGAACAUGAGAAGAAAUCUGAAAUCCCUGGAGCUACUGAGAACACCCUUCAUGAUAGUCAAUAUGACAUAGCAAAGGAAGAAGUUAGCGAUACAGAAGAUGACGAUACAAAGUUUUUUUCACCUUUGGUUUCUAUUGAAGAUUAUUCUGAAGAAAGCAGUGAUAAAACUUUAGAAAGAAAUGCAUCUAAUGCAAAUGAUAAAUCAAACUUCAUUAGCAAUAAAAAUCAAGAGAAAUCACGAAAAAUCAAGAAUCAGGAAAUUAGCAAAAGGUAUGAAUGUGAAUUGUGUGGACUUAAAGUAGCAAGAAAAAAUGGAUUGGUGUUGCAUGUAAAAUCUCAUCUCAAGAGAAAAGGAAGCAAGAAAAAUAUAACAAAAGAAAAUGAGGUAAUGGACAAAAAACAAUGUCCUUUUUGCAAUAGAAUCUACAAAAGGAAUCAUGAAUGUAGUUGGGGUGGGAUGAAGACAUCGAGUACCUUCACCUGUUCUUACUGUCCCGAGGUAUUUACAACAUUUGGAAAAAUUCUAACUCACCAUAAGUCACAGCAUCCAGAAAAACCACGUCCUCUUUCACCUUAUCAAUGUGAAAUUUGCGGAUCUUUUGCAACACGAGUCUGUGAUUUGAGGCGUCAUAUGCUCAGUCACACGGAUAUUCGUCCUUUUAAGUGCAAUAACUGUGAAAAGAAAUAUCAUACAAAGAGAGAAUUAGUAGCCCAUCAAAGGAGACAUGUACCAAAAUCGGAGAGGGAUGAUAAAUUUAAAUGUGAUCUUUGUGGAAAAAGAUAUGUAUCCAGAUCAUCUUUGACAAAUCACAAACGUUUUCAACAUGCUACCGAUAGGAAGGACCAUCUAUGCACUUUCUGCGGAUUAAAGUUCGUAUGUGAACAAUCUUUAGUCAAACAUCAGGCCAUUCAUGAAGGAGAAGCACCACGGGCCCAUAAAUGUGACGAAUGUGGCAGAUAUUUCGAUAAAUUGAAGUAUUUUAAUCAUCACCGCAAAAUUAGGCACAACAUUUUUACAGAUCUAAUGUUAAAUUCAAAAACUAAGAAAAAGCCAGAGAGAAAAUCGUAAAUCUCAAUACACAGCCCAAUAACUUCUUGGAAAAUAAGAUUUUAGAUCAACACGAUGAAUUAAAAAAAAAUACGAAUAGGCUUCCUAUUAAAUUCUAUAAAAUAAAAAAGAAUUAUAAAAGCUCAA